GAGAUCAAUAGGGACCACUCGAGCGUUGCCCAUGCCAGCUCCCGCACCCGCGCCGCAGCCGCCUUCCACUCCGCGUCGCCGUCGCCGUCCGUAACAGAACGCAUCCCCGAGCCCGACGCAAACGCAACAACACGUAUCCUCCGCAUCUCAGUGUCCUCCCGAGCGCCCCGUGUCCGCAAUCAAGAUGAAGUGGUGGAAUUUCAUAUUUGCCGUGUUAGUGAUCUCAAUCGCGUCCGCUCUCGCAGAAAUCUACGAAGAGACAGAACACGAAGUCCUCGUCAGGAAUGUACGAGGAGUCAAAGAAGAAAAAGGCAAAGUAGAGUCAUGUCGUUACGAGAAGGGAUCCUGGUCGGAGUGCGACCCCAAGACCAACGUUAAGACGAGGACGUUGACCUUGAAGAAGGGAGAUCAGCCCACUUGCGAGCCCACCAAAACCGUCGAGAAAGAAUGCAAAAAAUCAGCUUGCCGAUACGAAAAAGGCACCUGGUCAGCGUGUGAUCCUCAGACCAACGAAAUGGCUCGAACAGACACAUUAAAGACCCCCGCCAGUGAGAGCUGCGACAAGAGCAAACGAAUCACAAAGAAGUGUAAGAACAAGGCACAACGAAAAAACAAGGGAAACAAAGGCCAAAGACGCAACAGACAAUAAGGAGGCCUGAAGGAGUGCUCGUUUUAACUUUCCAUAAUUGAUGAUUAUUUGCAGUAGCAGUAAUUGAAUGUUCCGUUUUUUUUUAUAACUUAAUAAACGUUUUCAUUAAAAUCUAUGCGUGUUACUAGUACUAUAAUUUUUUUUCUAUUGAAAAUCUUAUUUCUGAGUUUUUAUCAGAAUUAUGUGUCUGCAUUUUAGAGAAAGAUUCAAUUUCUUUGCAAAUUUAAGUAAAAUGGAGGAGUAGAAGAGAGAAAGGGGGAAAAGGUAAGGGAUAGAGAUGAGUUCUGAGUAAUUACGGAAACAGCAAUAGAAAAAACUACGAUUGAAGCAUGGAUUUAAGCCAGAUGUGUUGGAAAACACACAUAAGAAAAUAAAUUAAUUGAUGUUUCUCGAUAAUUUAACUUGGCUGUUGUCCAGAAUGAUGGUUUCAAACUUCAUUUAAAAAGGCGUAAUUCACUGGCGAAAAAAUUUAGAUUCAAAUCGACUGUGUGAUUUUUGAAUAGUAUGUAUUAUUGAAAUUAUUACGUCUGUCUUCUUUCACAUUUCGUAAUGGUUCAGAAAUGGAUAAUUUUUCCAUGACUAAGGAGCUCUCUGUAUGAUAAUCAGGUUCAAAGCAUAUCAUUAAAGAAAGAUCUUUCUCUGAUAUUACUUUUAAUAACUAACACUGUCCUUGUACAUUUAUUUUAGGCUAAGUUAUAAUCUUUAUAAGUAAGAUUGGGUACUUUCCUUUUACUCAUUAUAACGAAUCUCACAAUAGGCACACUUCCAUUUUUUGUAGCCUUCCUCUCUCUGUUUAUAUAUAGGACUAGUUUUCACUUUGAGUGAUCUGUUAGAUGAGUGCUACCUAGUUUGCUGAAAUAUUGCGCUGUUGCAUUAUUGAUGGAUGGAUAAAGACUUCAGGACUCAAGUACAUGCAUUUUCCUGAAAGAAAAUUAGCCCUUGAUGUGAAAUUCCUUAUAUCUUCUUCCUCUGUUUUAACUUUAGGCAAACUUUUCUUUGAAGUUCAUUUUGAGUUACUUGAUAUGUUUGAUUCUAAUCCAAUAGAAAAUAUUCAAGAGACUGGUAAGGUACCACUGAGCAUAAAAAAUUUGCAUUUUUAGAGAGAAAAACAAACAAAUGUACUACGUUUCUAAAUUGGGAAGGUUGGGGCCAGAGGAACUUGAUGGCAUUACAAAGUUACAAAGUUUCAACUGAAAAUUUUCAAGAAUUUUCUCCUGUAUUUGAGCAAUAUCCCCUGACAUUGUUCAUCCACAAAAAUCACCCAUCAAUGUGUGUUCAGGUAAAACUUCACAAUUUUGCGAUGCAAUUAAGCUCAUCUGGCUUUGACCGCUCAUAUUUCCAACAGAUAGACGAUCUGAUGUGAGAAAGUUCAAUCUUGUAUGAAUGAUGAAGUUGUCACUAUAACAGAAUGUCAUAUGUACUUAACAAUACUUGUUUUUUAAGCCUGUCAAAAAGCGACCUCAAUUAUUAGAACAACUCUUAAACUUUAAUUCUUCCGAUACAAUUCCCGAGUUUUCUUCCUUAACAAGGAGAAGAUGAAUCGUUUUCCUAGGAGAGCUGUUUGCGAAUGGUGAAAUUUCUAUUCUUGUGUUAAAUUUAGUAUCAAAAGCUGAAAAGGAAAAAAAUUGAAAUAUUUCUCACAUCAGACUUGAUUGGUGUUGAUUAAUAUUGUAAUUCACAAGUUUUUAAUCGCAUAAUCCGUUCAAAUUUUUUUGCACUAUUUAACCUUUUCCACAGUUCUAUGAAGAGCGACAAAGUAAAAGCAUCAUUUUCAAUACCUCAGAGGGGACGAAAAAUUAAGCUGAAAUAGACCAAAACUGCCUGCAAAGGAUCAAAUUUCCAAAA